AGGCGACAUAAAAGCUACGCGCGAGUGCUGGCCGGUUGUUUACUUAGCAGCUCGCGAGGGAACACUUGCGCUCGCUCCUAUACUUUCAAAAUGGAGGUAUCCAAAGCUCCCCAAAAUCAAGACAAUCUGUCAUCUUCACCGCCUGACAAGCCAAAAUUGAUGCACGGUGGAAACUACAUCAAAGAGGGUCGCGACUCCGCCAAAUCGACGUGGUUAUUAUUUUCUGCUGAAUCACCCGACCAAGCUGGUUGCUUGGCCAAGUUCUUGAGCAUAUUUUCUUCACAUGGAGUCAAUCUCAGCCACAUCGAGUCCCGGUCUUCGGCCAGGCGCCCGGGGUACGAGUUCAUGGUCGAGUGUGAGCAUGGCACCGGUGAUUUUGGAGCUGCCUUAGAAGACCUUAAAAAGAACGUGGGCUACCUGAACAUCAUUUCCAGAAAUUAUAAGGACAACCGAUCUGCCGUGCCAUGGUUCCCCAGACGUAUUCGUGACUUAGACAGAUUUGCAAACCAAAUUCUUUCAUACGGGUCAGAGUUGGACUCAGAUCACCCAGGCUUCACGGACCCGGAGUACCGCGCACGGCGCAAAUACUUCGCUGACAUCGCAUACAACUACAGGCACGGCCAGCCGCUGCCGCACGUCAACUACAGUCCGCAGGAGACCGCCACGUGGGGCAUGGUGUUCAGGAAGCUCACUGAGCUCUACCCGACGCAUGCCUGCAAGGAACACAACCACGUGUUUCCUUUGCUGAUGGAAAACUGCGGAUAUAGAGAAGAUAAUAUUCCACAGUUGGAAGAUGUGUCUAAUUUCCUUAAAGACUGCACCGGCUUCACCCUCCGCCCAGUGGCGGGGCUGCUGUCAUCGCGCGACUUCCUCGCGGGCCUGGCGUUCCGCGUGUUCCACAGCACGCAGUACAUCCGCCACCACUCGCGGCCGCUGUACACGCCCGAGCCCGACGUCUGCCACGAGCUGCUCGGCCACGCCCCGCUCUUUGCUGAUCCUGCCUUCGCUCAGUUCUCACAGGAAAUCGGAUUAGCGUCUCUUGGAGCUCCUGAUGACUACAUCGAAAGAUUAGCCACCUGUUUCUGGUUCACCGUGGAGUUCGGUCUGUGCCGACAAGAAGGCAAGCUGAAGGCGUUUGGGGCGGGGCUGUUGUCGUCUUUUGGCGAGCUGCAGUACUGCCUGUCGGGCAAGCCGGAGCUGCGGGACUUCGAGCCCGAGCUCACCGGCGAGCAGAAGUACCCCAUCACGGAGUACCAGCCCGUCUACUUUGUAGCUAACAGCUUUGAAGAUGCCAAGGAAAAAAUGAUUAAAUACGCGUCGACGAUCCCUCGUGACUUCGGCGUCCGGUACAACCCCUACACGCAGAGCAUCGACAUCCUGGACUCCGUGCGGCAGAUGAAGGACCUGCUGCGAGGCAUCCACCAGGACAUGGAGAUGUUGCUCAAUACUAUGGAGAAAUUAUAAGUGCCCUAUAUCUUAAGAUUAGCGUUAAGUAUAUUUAAUUAAUAAAAAAUAAAGUAAUUUUUUUAUGUAAA